AUGUAUGUUGUAUUGCAUUUGUGCUGUUCAUUAUUAUUGUUAUUAUUAUUAUUGUUAUUAUUAUUAUUAUUAUUAUUAUUAUUAUUAUUAUUAUUAUUAUUAUUAUUAUUAUUAUUAUUAUUAUUAUUAUUAUUAUUAUUAUUAUUAUUAUUAUUAUUAUUAUUAUUAUUAUUAUUAUUAUUAUUAUUAUUAUUAUUAUUAUGUUAUGUCAAUGAAAAUUCAAUAUUGCAUGGGAAAUGA